CCGCGGUCCCCGGCUCUGCGCGCCCAGGAGUUGGCGGCGCGAGCGGCGGGCUCUCCCCACAGGACCCGAGGGACCCACGCAGUGGCCCCCCGCGGAGCCCCGCGCCCCCGGCGGCCGCGGCGACAGCAGCGCCUCCCGCCGCCGCGCGGGAGAAGCUCCGCGAGCCCGCCGUGCCGCCCCCGGCUCCCAGCGGCGGCGGGAGGCGCGUCGCCCCGGCCCAGUCGGUGCCCGGCCUGGCGGGGCCGCCCCGGCCGGCUCGGAGGCAAAACUGCAUAGAAAAUCUAAUGGAUGAAGAUGAGAAGGACAGAGCAAAGAGAGCCUCUCGAAACAAGUCUGAGAAGAAGCGUCGGGACCAGUUCAAUGUUCUCAUCAAAGAGCUUAGCUCCAUGCUCCCAGGCAACACACGAAAAAUGGACAAAACUACCGUGCUGGAAAAGGUCAUCGGAUUCCUGCAGAAACACAAUGAAGUCUCGGCACAGACAGAAAUCUGUGACAUCCAGCAGGACUGGAAGCCCUCAUUCCUCAGUAACGAAGAGUUCACCCAGCUGAUGCUAGAGGCGUUGGACGGCUUCAUUAUCGCAGUGACGACCGACGGCAGCAUCAUCUAUGUUUCUGACAGUAUCACGCCUCUGCUUGGGCAUUUACCGUCGGAUGUCAUGGAUCAGAACUUGUUAAAUUUCCUUCCAGAACAAGAACAUUCCGAAGUUUAUAAACUACUUUCCUCCCAUAUGCUUGUGACGGAUUCCCCCACCCCGGAAUUCCUAAAAUCUGACAACGAUUUAGAGUUUUAUUGCCAUCUUCUCAGAGGCAGCUUGAACCCAAAGGAAUUUCCAACUUAUGAAUACAUAAAAUUUGUAGGAAAUUUUCGCUCUUACAACAAUGUGCCUAGCCCCUCCUGUAACGGCUUUGACAACACCCUUUCAAGACCCUGCCGCGUGCCCCUGGGAAAGGAGGUCUGCUUCAUCGCCACCGUGCGUCUGGCGACACCACAGUUUCUAAAGGAAAUGUGUGUAGCUGACGAACCUUUAGAGGAAUUCACUUCGAGGCAUAGCUUGGAAUGGAAAUUUUUAUUUCUGGAUCACAGAGCCCCUCCAAUCAUAGGAUACCUGCCCUUCGAAGUUCUCGGCACCUCUGGCUAUGACUACUACCACAUCGAUGACCUGGAACUCCUGGCCAGGUGCCACCAGCACCUGAUGCAGUUCGGCAAAGGGAAGUCGUGCUGUUACCGGUUCCUCACCAAGGGGCAGCAGUGGAUCUGGCUGCAGACCCGUUACUAUAUCACCUACCACCAAUGGAACUCCAAGCCCGAGUUCAUCGUGUGCACACACUCGGUGGUCAGUUAUGCAGACGUCCGGGUGGAAAGGAGACAGGAGCUGGCUCUGGAAGACCCAGCCACAGAGGCCGUGCACCCCUCUGCCCUGAAGGAAAAGGACGCCAGCCUGGAGCCCCAGCAGCACUUUAACGCCCUCGACAUGGGCGCCUCGGGUCUUGCCAGCAGCCCUUCGCCCUCAGCCUCCUCCCGGAGCUCCCACAGGUCGUCCCGCACAGCCGUGUCAGAGCCCGCCUCCACUCCAACCAAGCUGAUGGCCGAGAACAGCACCGCAGCUCUGCCGAGAUCCACACCAACCCAGGGGCUGCCAGCGCAGGGUCUCGGCCAGGCAACCGCUCUGCCGGCUCCUCUGCCUUCCCCAUCAGCCUGUGACCUCGCAAAGCAGCUCCUGCCUCAGACCGUUCUGCAGAGCCCGCCUGCUCCCAUGACACAGUUUUCAGCACAGUUCAGCAUGUUCCAGACCAUUAAAGACCAGCUGGAGCAGAGGACGCGGGUCCUGCAGGCCAACAUCCGGUGGCAGCAGGAGGAGCUCCACAAGAUCCAGGAACAGCUCUGCCUGGUCCAGGACUCCAGUGUCCAGAUGUUUCUGCAGCAGCCAGCUGUUUCUCUGAGCUUCAGCAGUGCCCAGCGACCAGCCGCUCAGCAGCAGCUGCAGCAAAGGCCCACUGCAGCGUCUCAGCCCCAGCUCGUGGUGGACACUCCGCUGCCCGGGCAGGUCACGCCAGCCCAGGUCACAAGCCAGCACCUGCUCAGAGAAUCUAAUGUGCUAUCCCCCCAGGGUCCAAAGCCCAUAAGAAGCUCCCAGCUGCUGCCCGCCAGCGGUCGCCCGGGGAGCAGCCUGCCAUCGGCGUUCAGCAGCUCGGCAGCGGCGCUCCCGCCCGGCCUGAGCCUCACCACGGUGGCUCCCACCCCCCAGGAUGCCAGCCAGUGCCAGCCCAGCCCUGACUUCGGCCACGAUCGGCAGCUCAGGCUGCUGCUGAGCCAGCCCAUCCAACCCAUGAUGCCAGGCUCCUGUGAUGCCCGGCAGCCCUCUGAGGUCAGCAGGACUGGACGGCAAGUCAAGUACGCACAGAGCCAGGUGAUGUUCGCCGACUCGCACCCUGCCAGCAGCACAGCGUCCACCCCUGUCCUGCUGAUGGGGCACGCCGUCCUCCAUCCCAGCUUCCCCGCGUCCCAGCCGGCCCCGCUGCAGCCAGCGCAGGCGCAGCAGCAGCAGCAGCCGCCACCCUACCUGCAGGCUCCCACGUCUCUGCCCAGUGAGCAGCCGGACUCGCUCCUUCUGUCCCCCUUCGCCCAGCAGCCGGGGACCCUGGGCUAUGCGUCCGCGCAGCCCGCGCAGCCCGCACGGCCUUCCCGCAGGGUCAGCCGGCUGUCGGACUCCUCAGGCCUGCAGCCGCCGCCCCGGUAGUGCCCGCGGCCCUGGAGUCCGGACGCCACCAGCUUUAACGGACGAAGAGCGGGGUGGCCGCGGGGAAGGCACAGCCCGCAGGCUCUCGGAGCUCCCGACGGUAACGUGUCUGGAGGGCGGCGCCGGCAGAGCGGGGACAGACCGGGAGUGCCCCAGGCCCUCGGGCGUCCGCGACAGCCGUGCUGCCCAGGGGCGCGGCCCGCCGUGGGGUGGGCGUGUUUCCCGGCCUGCUGGCAGCGGUGCGCCCGGCGCUGCCUCGGGGAGAGCGCGGCCCCCGGGCCCCGGGCCCCAAGCCCUCGCUGGCCUCCCUUCGCCCUCCCGAUGCUCUUCCCUUACGGGCGAGGGCUAGGUCAGGUCUUCGGAGAGAGAAUAAAGAGAUUAUUUUUCGUUAUUUUUAAACGGUUGUUCCUGUUUUAAUUUGCACAGGGGAAAGAACUUAGGCACUUUGUUUCUGUUUGAAUAAUGAGGUCUCCUGGCCUCGCUGGGAGGCCACAGCUAACGAAGCCCCGGCCAGGCCGAGAGCGAGGCCAGUCCUUAGCGGAGCCGCAGCCCCGCAGCCCCGCAGCCCCGCAGCCCGCUUUCCUCCCCACACACGACACUGGACCCUUCCCGUCACCGAGAGUAACUGCCCGGGAGACUCCGAGCAAAGCACAAUCUCCCGGCGCUCCCAGGGUUCCCAGGGACCUCUAAGACGGUGCGGGAAGAGGGCCGCGAGCCGGGCAGCCGCGCGGGCUGCAGUCUCCCAGCGCCCGGCCCCGCGCUGCCAUCUUCCCGCAUAGCUUCCCUGAUGAUUCCGAAGAUUGGAUUUUCCAUCUCAAAACGCACUUUGCUUUGUUUUGGGUUUUUUUUUUUUUUUGUAUGUUUUGUUAUGUUGAGAUGUUUCUAAAGAGAAGAUUUUAUGUAAUUAUGAGAGGAAGCGUAGAGAAUUGUACAGCUGUAAUAAUGACCUAUUUCUAUAAAAAGAAUAAAACUGUACGGAUUAUGUGUAAAUUAUUUUGUAUCUGAGACACCAGUUCCAUUCCCGAAUAUAAAAGUUAUAAAGGUUUCCUUGUGUUUUUCUGUGAGUGAACAUUUUGUAAUAAAUUAACACGUUUGUACAA